GUGGAAUUUCGGCAAUCGUCGAACUACGUUCUGACGACUUCUCGAGUCUUACGCCUGGGACAGGCGACGGCAGAUGCUCCUUCGACUGUGCCCGUCUUACAAGUACUAUCUUACGACCCGUCCAGUCUUAGAACUCCAGUCUUACGACUAUCCCGGUCUUACGACUACCCCAGUCUUACGACUAUCCCGGUCUUACGACUAUCCCGGUCUUACGACUACCCCAGUCUUACGACUAUCCCGGUCUUACGACUAUCCCGGUCUUACGACUACCCCAGUCUUACAACCUGUAGUCGUCCGACUGGUUUGGCCGUCCGACUACCCCAGUCUUACAACCUGUAGUCGUCCGACUGGUUUGGCCGUCCGACUACCUUCUCUCGAUCAUAUCGCUCGUAUACAGGGUCCGACAUAUCUACUGUUGCGCUUCUAGCCUUCUGUAUUAUACCUAACGACUCAAGUCUUCGCGAUCUGUGCUACAGCUCGAUGAUUUCCGACACCCUGCUUCUUAAAACCAUGAACCUCAGCACUCCUUUGUCCUACGCCUUCAGUCGUAAUCUCUCAUUAAUUUAUUACUUUGUAGGACUUACGUCCUUAAGCGAAAGAUAUUACAGCACAAUCCUUUGCUGCGGGCAAGUACAAUAUCAUUUGCGAGCAUCAUAUUCAACUCGGGACCGAAGGU